CCCAUUUCUCCAUCAGCUUCUCAUCCAUUGGGAACACCACCAUGAUGAGUAACCAUCACUGCAGCAACACGAAUCAGCAGCUCCAGGAAAAGAGAUUGAAGAUAAAUGGUAGCAACAGUAACAAUAGCAGUCCAUCGAGAAGCUUGGCACGGAUGGCCUCACAUCAGCACCGUGUGUUGCUGUACGCAACCUGUUACAACGUCCUGGAUGGAGUGACCUUGACGAUCCGCAAGCUUGAACAAGAGAUCCUCAACGCCGGGCAUCUUGUGUGCGUGCUGACUACCCGUUCGGGAGAUAUGGCCAAUACCAAUCUAGACGGUUCUCAUCCCAAUCGCAAUAUCAUCUUUCUCGACAACGCAAAGCCUAUUCCCUUUUUGAACGAUCCAAAUCAACCCGAUUUGGCGUAUCAACUCGGUUUUGGCCUUUCGGCUACCGUUCGGAGACAGCUGGAUGAAUUUGAACCUUCCAUUGUACACAUUACCUGCCCCGACUGUACGGCCUUGCACGUCAUUCAGUACGCCCGACUCAAGGAAAUACCCAUCAUGGGAACCUACCAUUCCAACAUUCCCGAGUAUAUGGAGCAUUACCCGGGCCUUUCCUGGCUCAAGCACAUUCUGAGCUGUUUCUUUCGCCAUCAGUACAAUUUUUUGCAGGCCCUAUACGUACCAACGCCCUACAUUCAAAAACACCUCGAAGACAACCACGAAAUGGACAAGGUCACGUCACUCCAAGUAUGGGGUCGUGGCGUCGAUAUCGACCGAUUCAACCCCAGUUUUCGCUCCCUCAAAUACCGCCGAGAUUUGGGGAUUGGCGACGAUACCGUGGUUAUUUCGUGGGUAGGACGAUUGGUUCCGGAGAAAAGGGUCGAUAUUUUUGCCGAUACUGUGCGCCGUCUCAGUGCCCAAGGACUUAACGUGCACGCUCUCGUAGUUGGUGCCGGACCAGCCGAAGAAGAGAUCAAAUCUCUUCCCAAUACAACCUUCGCCGGUUGGAUGAAUGCCGACCAACUCGCCGUGGCUUACGCCUCUUGUGACGUCUUUCUCUUUCCAUCGUCCGUUGAAACCUUCGGCAACGUUACUCUUGAAGCCAUGGCGUCGGGAUUGCCGGUCGUUGUGGAACAAGGAUGCUCCGGUCAUCUCGUGCGCCACGGGGAAAACGGGUACGCUUGUCAAGCAGGCGAUGCGGAUGCCUUUUUUGAAUGUACCCGAGAUCUCGUGGUAGACCAGACACGGCGCGAGGCCUUUCGCGAAACGUCAAGGAAUAUGAGUCUAUCGUUGGAAAAACGUGCCGUUGUACGAAGGAUGCUUGAUCACUACACUCGAGUGACGGACGAAUUUUAUAUGGAAUACGGUGGACACCACGCCAACCGUGAUCAAGUCUACCGCCACACGGGGUCCUUUCGCGCGGGGAGUCACCCACGUCCCCUCAUCCUCGUGUUUAUUGAAUAUUUGUUCAUUGUACUUUUUCAAGUGAUUUGGAACAUGACGGAAAUGUUCCUGUAUAUGCAACAGGCCUUGGGGUCGGUGCGGCCGGUCGCCACUCCCCCUGUGUCACCGAUCCGCGCGUCGGUCAAGAAAGCGAGUUCAGAACCGUAUCCAGAAAGGAACGACACGGGUCUUUCGAUUGUCAAUCUCGAAACAAUUCGUCUCGUGGAUGAUGCGGAAGAUUCCCUGCUGGGGGAAGAGUCCACCGACGGUGAUACCCAUACGACGAACAGCUUUAGUCACGAGUCAGCGAGCGACUCUCGAUACGGAUGCUGUGUGGGAGGUGAACAUCAAGCUUUUGGGGACUGUCAAUUGUCGCACACACUGUCCAAGUCGUUUAUCCGGACGGUUGAAUUUCAAUGUCGCAUGGAAUCGCGCAUUCGCAACGGUUGCAAUACGUGCUGCACCAUGUCUCUAUUGCCGUCGCGGAAGCGCAAGAACUCCAUGGACAGCUACCAAAACGACGAAAUGCCUCUGCGCACGCGUUCGUCCGAACCGGAAACAGAAGUGCCCGUGUGUGUCAUGGAAGGAUCGCAGGCGCUGCAGCCAAAACGAGUUAUGCGACGCAACCAAAAUGUAACUAUGGUGGAAGUCUGACGAAGAAGCGUUUCAUGGAGCUAUCAAUGUGUAUGAUUGUCAUGUUCUCGUCGACGUGGUGAUUGUCUGCUGUGUACCAUAAAAAAUUAAAUGUUAUCGUGUAGUUAGCGGCAUUCACUGUG